UGUCUUUGAGAUGAAUAUGUGUCUUGAGAUAAGACACUGUUAGUUAGCACAGAUCUGUCAUCUCCACAUGACCUGUUUGCCGUGACCGCUAGAUUGUCGUGCUUAGCAGACCACAGUAAUAGCGAACUGUCUCGAACUGCUCAUUCCAUGCCCAACCACUAAGGCAAGUGUCUGGAAAAAUGUUUCCACUCCUACUGAUAAUCGUCACGCAAGUUUCAGCCGAUUUCACUACGGAGGAAAUACAAUUUCUGAACGAGCUGCCUUUAGACAAACUGUUGAGACUGAAGACGUCGCUACAAGAUAUGGUCACAGCGCGUUAUGAGAACGUUACUACGCCAACGCCUUCAUAUUUGGAGCGAUUUGGGGCUCAGGCAAUGGCUGUGAAAGCGCCGCCGAUAAAGAGAGGAGAUUACGAAGAGAUUGAGCAUAAGAAGGAAAGUAAGAUCAGCCAUUUAUUCUCAAUGUCUGUGACGACGUUGGCUUUCCUGGCUUUCGGGGGUUAUCUGCUUUGCCUUAUAGUUCAAGCCGUGAAGGCGAAGCAGCAGUAUCCGUUCCCGCCUCCAACGGCGCCGACGCCGCAGACGUUUGUUUUAAGCGCGGGGAUAAAGAAGAGACCGCAGACCCAGUUCGCGAGUUAUGGAAGGAGAAAGAGGGAGAGUAGAGAAGUGAGGAGGCUGAGGAAUGUGGAGUUGCAGCCGGAGGAGCUGUUCUCGGCGCUGGUGCAGUUGUGUGAAGGAUACGCGAAGUGGAGUGAAGGAAGAUUGAGCCAUGGAUUAUAA